UAACAUGGACACUAAAAAGUAGUUGCAGUGAGAGUAUCUCACACAGUUUCUUUGAGUAGUUGUACGAUUAGCUAUGCAUGAAGGUCUAAUCAAAUCUGUAACUGGAAUGAAAUUGUAAUUUUAUUAUUAAGUUAAUCUAUUUUAAAUAUGUAUUGAAAGUUUUACUAUUUUGGAUGUUUAAUCCAUUUUAGGAUAUAUUUUUUCUUAAUUUUUUACAACUUUCAUUUAUUACUUUAUUUUACGAAUAAGUGAAAACAUCAAUUUUUAGAGCAAGUUUAUCGGUUAGUUUUUUAUUUUUAGAUCCUUAGCCCUAAAUAAUAAUUAUUUUAAUACAGUUUAAUUUUACAUUAAAAUUUUUAAUAACGGUUGCAUGUGUGUGUCUUAAAUCUCUGUGCAUUAGUAAAAGUCCAGCACUCAUGUCUUUUAGAUUUAGGAAUUUUUUUUUUUAAAUAAGUAUGUAUACCUAAAGGAUAAAGGAAAUCAAUUUUUUUGAGACUGCUAUAAAUAUGGGUCUAAAUAUUUGUAAGAUAAUUAAUUCACACAAUAAUAAAAAAUCCUAAACGAGUAUUUGCCUCAAUACGUUUUGUUCUCUAUUGUCUUCUUGCUUAAUUCAUGGAUGUUCGCAAUAAUAAUACAUAAACAGAAAAGUUCCCAUGAGGAUUUUGUAGAAUGUGUUUUAAGAAUCGAUUGUUAAUCUCUCUCCUAUUUUUUUUCAUUUCUUUCAAUUCUUUUGUUUGUUAGAUACUCUAUCACAUUUUGCUGUUGGAAAUGGCCUUAGCCACCAACAUACAAAAGAAGAGAGAAAGAAGAUAGAUAGUAAGAGAGAUGGAGAGAAACACCUCUUUUUAAAAAAAAGAUUGAGGAGAAUACGAGAGACUGUUUUGCUAUGUGUCAUCACAUAAUAAAGUUAGUUUUUUCCUAUUUAAAUUUUAAUGAAAGUGCUCAAUUAUGUUAUUAUUUUAUGUCUAAUAUACUAAUUGAGAAACUAAACCACUGCUGAUGCUUUUAAUGGUUAAAGACGAUGGGUUGUCAACAAUUGUUAAAGAUUGGGCUGACUUAUAUACAUUUUAAGGGAUUGAUUACUUAAUUAUAUUUCUUUUAUGUAUUUCUUCAUUUAAUUAAUAAAUUAUAUGUAAAUUUAUUUACUUGUAUAUAUUUACUAAAUAUUAGGGAACUAAUAGUUUUUUGUGUGUAACUAUUGCAGAAUAUGUAUUUCUUUUUUAAAGUAUUUAUUGUGUAUGCUUCUAUUUAUUAUAAGACUCCCAACAGAAAUGUUGUUCGACAUUUGUAAAAGAAGUGUUUUAUUUACCAAUUGAUUUGAGAUACUGCUAUUUCUACAAAGCUCCCAAAAGAAUUAUGAUGAUUUUGAUUUUUAACAAAUUAAAACUAACAAAUGUUUCUUUGGUUUCAUGUGAUAUGGUUUAAAUCAUACCAGUAAACAUAACGGUGUAUAUAUAGCACUAUCUACUUAAAUAAAACCUAAAGAAAAGUUUCAUAUAUCGCUGUGGAUGCUUUAACACAUCGACGUAGAUAACAUUCUUUCCGUUAUUUUCCUAGCUGCGUACCAAACCCGCAUGCUGCCACCAUCCUAAAACAAUAAUGGACUGAAGAUAAAUUAUAUUGCAAGGGUGAUAUUGGUGAUUAGUCCACUGAGAGAUUCUGAUGUAUAGAAACACGAAAAGUUCUGUGCACACAAUUAAGGUGGCACUUUAUUCUAUCAAUUGAUAUUGUCUUUCAGUGCCCGUGACUCUCUCUUAUUUCCUUUCUUGUUGGCUUCUGGUAGGGACAACACUCUUCUCGUGGACUGUUGUUUUGUAUCCAUCAAUGCUUGUUUAUUUUUUAUACUAUUUGAUUCACGAACUAUAUAAAUAAAACUAUGAGAAAUCUUGUCCUCUAUAGGCAUGGAACUUGUGUUAAAGAAAAAGGCAGGGAACUCAAAUAUUUAAUAGAAUAGCCAUAUGACGUUGCAGCGUAGGUGAAUGAUGAUUUGAUUCAUCUAAAAUGACUCUUAUUGUCUUUAUAUAAAAUAGCAUUUAAAAAAAAAAUAGCAUAACUAUUGUCAAAACUCAAUUUGAUCAAAAUAAUCUAUCUAAAUUUCUUUUUAUCUUCUUGAUAUUAUUUCCUUAAACACUCAAGCGAAACCUCUGCUCAAAAGUGUUAUUUCUCAUGGUUCUUUAUUUCCUACGUUAGAUCUCAUCAAAUCUGGAACUUCAAUUCACCAACAACCAUAUACAAUAUGCACAAAUAGUUUUAUUCGUCAAAUCUAUAAAUUUUAUUUACUUACUGUAUACAUAUUUUAAUAAUAACGAUGUUUUGUAAAUCAAAGGUUUAAUAUAUAAAUAAAAUUCAUUACAGUGUACAGCUCUUAGAACAAUUAAAGAAGAUAAAUGCACACAACAACACCACUUUUUUAAUCGAAUGCACAAAAUAACACCAUUUAAAGAUUAAAAAGGAACUUUUGAAAGAACUUAAGAAUGACAAAAUAAAACUAUUCCAAAAAAUAAAGUCUAUAAAUAUUAAUUUACUUUUUUUUUUUGCAAAUGUUCAGGUUGAACAAGCAUAGAUCUGAAAUGGAAUUGUAAAUAAUAUUUUAAUAUUUAGCAGUUGAUAAAAAUGGCAAAUACCUACAUGCACAUUUUGAUCGCAUAUGCUCUGAAACAGAAAUGUAUCAUCAUGAGUCUAGAAGUUGACAAAAGUAUGGACUUUCCUGGGUCUAGAAGUCUAAAAACGGCUUAUUCAUGCCCGAACUAGGGAUUGCUGAGAAAAUACAUACCUCAACUUUUACUGCAAGUCAAAACAUACCUACACUAAUCAAAAAUUUAAAAUUCAUGCCUGAAUUAUGGAUCGAUAAAAAAAUACAUACCCCAACUCUUAUUGCAUGCCAAAACAUACCUUAACUAAUCAAAAAUUUGAAAUUUAUGCCUAGUCUUUAGAAGUCAACGCUAAUUUCAAUCUAUACUAUUAUUUGCGAAGUAAAUUUUCGCAACGGAGCUCUCACGUUAAAAAUUAGAGUAGCUAAAAUCUAUGUUACCCCUAAUAAAUUUUUAUAUAUAUUCUAUUAUAUAAUAAAAUGAAUUUUAUUUGCGAAGUAAUUUUUCGCAACAGAGCUCUCACGUUAAAAAUUAGAUUGGCUAAAUUCUAUGUUACCCUUAAUGAAUUUUUAAAUAAAAUGGAUUUUAUUUUAAAAAUAUUAUAUAUUUUUUAAAAUAAUUAUGAUGAUUCUUAUAUAUUAUGUUGUUAUCUUAAAAUAAUAUUUUACUAUUAUAAAAGUAAAAAAAUUAAAAGAAGUGAUUUUUUACAAUAUUAUAUUUAAAAAAAAAGAUAAUUCUUAUAUAUACAAAUAUAUCUUAAAAUCACUUCUUAGAAAAUAUCCUUAUACAAAUAUAUUGCUCCAUUAAUAUUUACUUAGAUAUUAUUUUUAUCUUAAAUUUUAACUUUCAAAAUAGUAAAAUAUUAUUUCAAGAUAACAACACAAUAUAUAAGAAUUAUCCUAUAUUUUUAAGAAAAUAUAAUAUUGCAAAAAUCAUGUCUCUUAAUUUUUUUUACUUUUACAAUAGUAAACUAUUAUUUUAAGAUAACAACACAAUAUAUAAGAAUCAUCAUAAUUUUUUAAAAAUAUAUAAGAUUUUUAAUAUAAUUUUUUUUUUAUUAUAUAAUAGAAUAUAUAUAAAAAUUCAUUAAGGAUAACAUAAACUUUAGCCACUCUGUUUUUUAACGUGAGAGCUCCGUUGCUAUAAAAUUAUUUCAAAAAUAAUAGUAUAGAUUGAAAUUAGCGUUGACUUCUAAAGACUAGGCAUAAAUUUCAAAUUUUUGAUUAGUUAAGGUAUGUUUUGGCAUGCAAUAAGAGUUGGGGUAUGUAUUUUUUUAUCAACCCAUAGUUCAGGCAUGAAUUUUAAAUUUUUGAUUAGUGUAGGUAUGUUUCGACUUGCAGUAAAAGUUGAGGUAUGUAUUCUCUCAGCAACCCCUAGUUCGGGCAUGAAUAAGCCGUUUUCCCUCUAAAAGUACAUUCAUCUUCCAUUUCAGUAUCAACAUUUUCAGAAACUACAUUUAAUUGAUCUGUAAACCACUGACGAAAAUCUAUUGUAUAAAACUAAUCUUUUGUAAGCAAAUUUGCACGACAUCGAGACUUCUACGGUACCACCAGAGAAUCUCAUGAUUUGAAACUAAUCCAUGCAUGAUUAAAUCUGGUUUCUUAAUCGAGAUUUUUAAUUCAUGAUUUGACAUUUUUUUUUUUUUUACAUUUUUCGAUUAAGAGACGGUUUUUAUAUCUCUUAUUUAAGAGACAGUUCUUAGCUUUUUUUAGUUAAAAUCUAGAAAAAUCUAAGAAGCAUCUCUUAACCGAAUUUAAGAACCUCAAUUAAGAAAUUGAAGUUAAUCAUGGUCUUAGGACAUGCGCAGCAGCGGUUCAUAUUUCCCAGUAUCUCGUGAUUUAAAAUAAAAUAAAAAAUAAAUGUAAAAAGAAAAGAGGGAAGAAUCGAUUGGUCUUCAAGAAACUAAAGUCUCAACAUAAAAUAUUUUUCUCCGUGUAUCAACUUUCAAUUGCUCAAAUUAUUCAAAAGAUAAAUAGAUAAAAUUAUAAAGUUAAACCAUAAUAUUUUAGUUUUGUUGAGAGACUCAAUUAUCAUACACCGGCGCUGAUGCUCUUACACGUUAGCGGCAAAACAAUUUAAAUCGUUUUAUCACAUUGUCUUUCAUCUAAAGAAAGAAUUCUAGUAUUUUCUUGAAAGAAUUAUAGUCUUUUGAACCAAGGUUUCUUAACAUUUAUUGUUUCCAGAUUAUAUAUUUACUUUUCAAGAUUUGGUAUCAGGCUUUCUUGAAACUUCAGAUUUAUAGAACCAUUACACCUAGGUUCAACUAUUGUUUCCAGAUUAUGUAUUUUAACCGAUUUGAAUAAUAUAUACAAAGUUUAAAAAACUAUAAAAUAUAUAUUUAAUUUUUUAAAAAUAUAACAUGUGAUUUAAAAAAAAUUAAAUUGUAAUUUUUAAAAUUUAAUUUUUCUUUACUUGGUUAUUUGUUAAAAAUAUAAUCAAAUUCACUAUGAAGUUGUAUUCAAUAAAACGUGAUUUAAAUCAAUAUUUAAGCAUCACAAAAAAAAGAUUAUAUAAAUUUACUAAGGAAGUUAAAAUCAGUAAUUCAAUAGUGCAUAAUUUUAUUUAGAUUUUCAAAUCCAUAUAAAAUCUUUAAAUAGACAUUCUACUAAAAAAAUCUAAUGUGAUACUAAGCAAUCCUACAAAAUCACCUGCUUUGCUUCAACUACAUACACUUUUUCUUUAUUUUCUUGCAAAUCUAGAUAAACAAGAGGUUGCAAGAUUUGUUUCAUUAAUUUACAAUUUUAUGCUUUCAUUUUUUAGCUGUAUAAAUAUAUAGAUUUGUGUAGGUGGAAGUACAUGCAUAUUUCACUCUUUACCCUAUACCAUUCUUCUGUAUUUCAGAAAAACUUAUUUCCAACAUAUAAUUUUAUAUUAUAUUCAAUGGAUUUAAAAGCCCUACAUCUAAAACUUCAAGAGAUGAGACAAUCUUUCUUUAACGAGGGCUACCUCAAUUGUCAGUAUACUCAGAUAGAAGCAUUGGAGAAAGACUCAAGCCCUUAUUUUAUUGUAGAAAUAAUAACUCUCUAUUUCAGAGAUUCCCCCAAUGUUAUUGCUGCUUUGGAGCAUGAAUUGGCGCGGGAGCCAAUAGAGCUACCCAAGAUUACCAAAUGCAUUAAUCGGUUAAAAAGCAGCAGCGCCAGCAUCGGUGCCAUCAAAAUUAACAAUGAACUUGAGAAGGCAAACAUACUUCUCCAAGCUGGCAAUGUAGAAGGAAUGAAAGCAGCAGUGCGUCGUAUUAAGAAGGAGCACAGUGAACUCCGCGCAAAGUUUGAGACAUAUUUUCAGUUCUUAGCUUAUUCUUUUCUUUGCCAGUUGAUGAGACGAGCUGGUCCAACAGAACAAGCUGUGAACUCAAGCUAAAGACAUCAUGUAAGCCAUGUAGUUUGGUUUGCACAACAAACAUUCCACCUGUUUCUACCCAAAAAAAAAAAUUCCAACUGUCCAAACCCAACCACUGAUCAAUUCUAGUUAU